AUGAAGAAAUUUUGCUCUUUGAAGCAGGCUCUCAAGUCCACUCGGUCUCGCAACAGCAGUCAAGAUUUCUGCGCGCGUCGCGGAACUUCUGCGCCCUUCAUCACACGAUGUUAUAGCGAUGCGCCAUGCAGUAAUAUUGAAACAGAACCUCUUGCAGAAGAGAACCCACGUGUUGCACGACAGUCACCUUCAAGCCAAGCGCGUGAAGAACAGAAUCACCGACGGCCGGUUCAGAUACGAAAGACACGAGCACCCGACACACCAGAAAAAUUAAAAUACGCUACUCGAAAUGAACUCCUUGCAGUAGACCCCGAAGAGUUCCGUAUACUCAUGCGCCAUGUUCCCCAUCCCGUCGUCGUCUUGACCUCUGUCUACUUUCCACCAGUGAGGAAAGCCGCAUUGUAUCCCCAGGAGACAUCUCCAGAACCAGUUGAUGAGAUACCCGAGGAUCCUGGUACGGAUGAAGCGCACUCAUCUAAUCCAUGGGUCUCCCAGGGAAAGACUGGGCUGAAUGCCGAUUCCCUUCUCGGAGCGAUCAAUAGGACAUCAGCCGCCGCGGCCGGAGUUGAUCCAGGCGGUAUAUCGAGAGCAUCAAAACCUAUUCCUCGGGCCAUGACGCUCUCGUCGUUUACAUCCUUGUCUCCAUAUCCUACUCCGAAGAUCAUCUUCAACAUCGGGCUGCCCAGCCGUACAUUCGAUGCCAUCCUUUCCUCUGGCCGCUUCAACAUCCACGUGCUUCGCGAUUCAGCCAUGGGUGCACGUCUAGCACAACACUUCAGCCAUGGCAAUGCCACUCCCACAGGCCGUGGGAACUCUGGACACGAUAUGGGUGUUUUUGAGGGACUAGGCCAAUAUGGCGUCGGGGUUACCGGCUUGAGGUGGGUGAGGCAAUGGGACAUGUUGAACUCCCUAGACCCAGUAUACAGGCCUAUUGCCAUGCUCAGAACUGCCAGAAGCCAGAUGCCGGUGUUAAAUGGGCAACCCGUGCUCUACGUGCUCAAAUGUGCUAUAGCGCGAGGACACCAGGAUAAGCCUACCAUUUUCAAGGUCGGAGGAGGUGACAAUAAACAUGCCAUUGUCGUCGGCGACGUGGAGGGUUUCGUACCAGGCGAGCCCGACGAGAAGUUUGAACUCAAAUCGCACGAGAUAAGUCUGGCGUAUGCGGAUCGAGAAUUUCGGACGGCAGCAAAUCCCGUCGGCACGUUUGAUAAAAACGAGGCAACCCAGCCCAGAAGGAUGAAAAUGGUGGGUUUUAUGGGCAGCAAUACAGAUGAGGGCGAACCUUCAGCCAAGGCCGCCAAAAUCAAGAAGAAGCAAAGGAAGCAAGAGUCGACUGGCACGAAACCCGGGAAGGAGACCAGUAUCGACAGCCUGGGCCAGAUCGACGAGGUAAUGAACGACUCUGACUUCUAUAAGCUGCUGGAAAAAAUGUUCCAAGACCCUAGGAAAUGA